UCAAGAACAGGAUUAGGAUGUAAUGUAAUUGUCGAUUCGCUUGUAAUUUAAGUUAACUGUACAUGAAAUUCUCUCUUUCCCUAAUCCCAAUUAAGUAGUUAUCAAAGAGAAAGAGCCUUCUCAGUUCUUUCAUCAAAUCAGCUUUUCAAAGCCUAUCUAUAAUUUUGAGUUAAGAGCAAAUGGGGAAUCUUUUCUGUUGUGUGGUAGUUGAACAAUCAACGGUGGUUAUAAAAGAAAGAUUUGGAAAGUUUGAAGAAGUUCUCGAGCCAGGGUGCCAUUGCAUACCAUGGGUCACCGGAGACCGGCUUGCCGGUCAUCUCUCUCUCCGCCUGCAGCAGUUGGAUGUUCGCUGUGAGACUAAGACAAAGGAUAAUGUAUUUGUCAAUGUUGUUGCUUCUAUUCAAUAUCGAGCCCUGGCAGACAAAGCCAGUGAUGCUUUUUACAAACUUAGCAAUACCAAGAGCCAAAUUCAAGCCUAUGUUUUUGAUGUGAUUAGGGCGAGUGUUCCAAAACUCAACUUAGAUGAUACUUUUGAGCAGAAAAAUGAUAUUGCCAGAGCUGUGGAACAAGGACUUGAGAAGGCUAUGUCAGCAUAUGGAUAUGAAAUUGUUCAAACAUUGAUUGUUGACAUAGAGCCAGAUGAGCAUGUGAAGAGAGCAAUGAAUGAAAUCAAUGCUGCUGCAAGAUUGAGGGUGGCCGCGACUGAGAAAGCUGAGGCAGAGAAGAUCUUGCAAAUUAAGCGAGCCGAGGGCGAGGCAGAGUCUAAAUACCUCUCCGGGCUGGGUAUUGCUCGCCAACGCCAAGCCAUUGUGGAUGGUUUGAGAGACAGUGUUCUUGGAUUCUCAGUUAAUGUACCGGGGACAACUGCGAAAGAUGUCAUGGAUAUGGUCCUUGUCACGCAAUAUUUUGAUACUAUGAAAGAAAUUGGUGCUGCCUCCAAGUCCUCUGCUGUGUUCAUUCCACACGGACCUGGCGCGGUUCGUGAUGUAGCUACGCAGAUUCGCGAUGGACUUCUUCAGGCUUCUCAUCAUCAGACACAUGAGUAGUUUGCAUGGGAAUAUGGUGAUGCAAUAUAUAUAUACCUAUGAUUUUCUUUUAUGUGUAGUGUGCAAUGUGAUAUAGUUUGAUACUCAGUAACAAGGUUCUGAUUGGUGUUC